AGUUGAAAGGGACAUUCAGCAAUAGCCUUUCCCUCUGCUCACAGCAAGGCAGCAGAAGACACCUCCAGCUUUUCAGCACGAGUUGCAAGUUGAAUCAAGGUUGAACUCAGGUUAAAGAGUCCUCUCUUCAGAAGUUACCACACAUCAGUGGAAUAAAUUUGUGUUGCUUUCUGUGGAUAAACAGAGUCUUCUCACUGGAAACAAUUGCCAUUUAACAAGUAUCCUAGGAAGCUGUUAACCUGAUUUAACUGAACUGACAACUUAUUCUUAUACCAGAAGCAAGCAUGCACUCCCACAGUGACCAAAGCUUUCCUGGCAGAGCUCUCUCUCUGGAUUUAUCAUUAACAUCUACAUCCUAACACUGCUAAAUAAUUCAGUACAGCAUUUAGCCUUGUGUCCUUGCCUCUCUACUCAGAAACCACUCGCUUUUCUGCAUGUUUCAGCAACAGGGAACAAAAACCUGCCUGGAUUGUGGUUCCUUCCACCUUGUGCUGUGUAACUGAGGGGAGGACCAUAGUUACCCUUUCAACAUAGAAGCACGGGUUUUAUUUCUUUUAUUUUGUUGGAAAUAGUGUUUAUUAGAUAACUAAAUUUAGAGCGUUAUUUAUCCACACGGAGUCAUGACCAUGUGGGCUCAGAUUCACAUGCAAAUUCCCCUUUUAAUAAUCCUAAUGCAGGGAGUGCUCCAAUCAGAGUGCUAUCAGCCCCAGCUCCCAGAUACCUGAUGCCAGCUUUGCUGGUAAUGUAGGCCACCGAAGCAAAUCCAGAGAGAUUGAGUUGGAAGUGGAGAGAGGCUCUGAGAUCUAUUUGCUUGGCUUCCUGACGACGAGGGGGUGUCUAACUUCUUUUUUUUUCUUUUCUGCUGCGAAGGGGAUAUCAUUUAAGAGGGAUCAUUAGCUGCGAGCAGCCCGGCUGGGUCAAGGCUGGGAGGCGGAGACGUGGUUGCGAGCAGCGAAGCAAGGUGGAGGCACGAAGACAGAAGACCAGGUUAAUGAAAGCAUGAGGUGGCUCUUGGGCAGCAGCUUGAAAAAUUUUGGACAUGCUGACAGGGGAAACUACGACUGGCUAAACAGCGAAGCAGGUGGGCCACUUCUGGAAACAGAGCUUCAGAGCAGACAACAGACAAGUUCAACCAAAGACGACAUAGAGCCAUUUCUGUGUAUCAUACUGCCUGCCACCAUGAUGCUCUUCCUGGCAUUCCUGCUGCUCUUCCUGUACCGCCGUUGCCAGCACCCCUCUCAGCAGGGGCAGAUCUUCAGCAUCGACCUUCCCGAGGCCCUGCCUGAGCACGAUGUCUCCAACUUCCUUUCUGCCCUGCCCUGGAGCACCGAGCAGAGCUUCCACUACUCGACGCUGCUCCCUGAUGCCACAUUCCUCUCUGUGUGUUUGCCUCCAUCGUAUGAGGAGGCCACCAUGAAGACUUCCAUGGAAGAGGCUCACAUUGAGCUCUCUCCAGACCCAGUGCCUCCUUACGAAGAGAGCACGCUGCAGACCAGCAGCACCAAAUAAACUUCCUACGGAAGCACCUUAGCCGAAGCAUGCAGCACAAAGGUAGAACUGCUAUGGCCUUUAAAAUUUGUGAAAAGAUUCCAAAUGAGGCACAAAACCAAUGAAUUUAUGAAGGAAGAAACUUGAAGUAACAGAGAGUGCGUGUCUUCACCUCAUCCUAGGAUUCUCUACCUUCCAUUUGUGGCAAGUGUACACACGGUGUAGCACCAAAUCCAGUCCGAACACGGGGAUUCUAGUUAACAAACAUGUCAUGCAAGGAUUAAAUUUAAGGAAAGCCGGGAAGCUCCUCCUCUGUAAUCCCUCAGCUACAACAAAAUGUCAAUAAUGCUAUAGAUUCAGCAAUCAUAAAAAGGGCUUUUAGCACAUACAUAUUCCAGUUUGGGUUUUUUUUCUAUUUUAUGCAUUUAUAUUUAAAUGAGUUUUUGACAAGAUGAGUCACUCAGUCUGUGUGUGUUUACAUCACGUCAUUCUGCAGUGCUCUGGAAUGAUCACAACAGCUCUCAGGAAAGCAAAUAAAUAUAUAACCUCUACAAAAUUUCCAGUAACUGUCCCCAAAGGUUCAAAUGUGCACUGUGAAUAAAAGCUGUCCUCUCUCACAGUUGAACAAUAAGGACAACCAGAGAAGACCUGAUUAUUCUGGGUGAGGAAGACUCCAUACAAGAGCACACUCACUCUGUUGCUGCAAGCUGCUUGCCAAGGUCUUGUGAGGUCCCAGCAUUCCAGACUACUCGGUUGACUUCUUUUCCAAGUCUAAAAUAAUAAACCAUGUGACUUACUUGGUGCAGUGUGUAAAGGAGUUGGGGAAAAAUUAAUAAAAUCAA